CCUGCUUUCUGCCCGUGGACGCCGCCGAAGAAGCAUCGUUAAAGUCUCUCUUCUCCCUGCCAUCAUGUCUAAGUCAGAGUCUCCUAAAGAGCCCGAACAGCUGAGGAAGCUCUUCAUUGGAGGGUUGAGCUUUGAAACAACCGAUGAGAGCCUGAGGAGCCAUUUUGAGCAAUGGGGAACGCUCACGGACUGUGUGGUAAUGAGAGAUCCAAACACCAAGCGUUCCAGGGGCUUUGGGUUUGUCACAUAUGCCACUGUGGAGGAGGUGGAUGCAGCUAUGAAUGCAAGGCCACACAAAGUGGACGGAAGAGUUGUGGAACCAAAGAGAGCUGUCUCAAGAGAAGAUUCUCAAAGACCAGGUGCCCACUUAACUGUGAAAAAGAUAUUUGUUGGUGGCAUUAAAGAAGACACUGAAGAACAUCACCUAAGAGAUUAUUUUGAACAGUAUGGGAAAAUUGAAGUGAUUGAAAUCAUGACCGACCGAGGCAGUGGCAAGAAAAGGGGCUUUGCCUUUGUAACCUUUGAUGACCAUGACUCCGUGGAUAAGAUUGUCAUUCAGAAAUACCAUACUGUGAAUGGCCACAACUGUGAAGUUAGGAAAGCCCUGUCAAAGCAAGAGAUGGCUAGUGCUUCAUCCAGCCAAAGAGGUCGAAGUGGUUCUGGAAAGUUUGGUGGUGGUCGUGGAGGUGGUUUCGGUGGGAAUGACAACUUCGGUCAUGGAGGAAACUUCAGUGGUCGUGGUGGCUUUGGUGGCAGCCAUGGUGGUGGUGGAUAUGGUGGCAGUGGGGAUGGCUAUAAUGGAUUUGGUAAUGAUGGAAGCAAUUUUGGAGGUGGUGGAAGCUACAAUGAUUUUGGCAAUUACAACAAUCAGUCUUCAAAUUUUGGACCCAUGAAGGGAGGAAAUUUUGGACGCAGAAGCUCUGGCCCCUAUGGCGGUGGAGGCCAAUACUUUGCAAAACCACGAAACCAAGGUGGCUAUGGCGGUUCCAGCAGCAGCAGUAGCUAUGGCAGUGGCAGAAGAUUUUAAUUAGGAAACAAAGCUUAGCAGGAGAGGAGAGCCAGAGAAGUGACAGGGAAGCUACAGGUUACAACAGAUUUGUGAACUCAGCCAAGCACAGUGGUGGCAGGGCCUAGCUGCUACAAAGAAGACAUGUUUUAGACAAAUACUCAUGUGUAUGGGCAAAAAACUCGAGGACUGUAUUUGUGACUAAUUGUAUAACAGGUUAUUUUAGUUUCCGUUCUGUGGAAAGUGUAAAGCAUUCCAACAAAGGGUUUUAAUGUAGAUUUUUUUUUUGCACCCAUGCUGUUGAUUGCUAAAUGUAAUAGUCUGAUCGUGACGCUGAAUAAAUGUCUUUUUUU